AUGUUCCGCGCAGCCAGCAGAUGGCGCCUAAGUGCCCCCAUCCUUUCUGCUGCGGGCACCCUGGGACCCUCGCCGUGGUCCCCACAGCGCUGCCGAGCGGAGGAGGACAAGGUGUUCUCCGAGGCGGAGGUACGCCGACACAACCGCGAGAAGGAUGCGUGGAUAUCCUUCAACGGAUCUGUGUACGAUAUCACCCGGUAUAUUCCACAGCAUCCGCCCUGCUCCGGAUUGGACUGGUCGAAGCGCUUGGCCGGCCGGAGGUUUGAGGAUUUCCUGGGCCAGGAUGCGUUUGGCCCCGCACACCUAGGCUGCGGCCCCGAUGCCAACUGCAGCAGAGGAGUGAAGGCUGAGCUUGCAAAGAUCCUGGAGCCCUAUCGCAUCGGCAAGCUGGCUCCCCCCGUCCUAUCGGAUGCGGCUCGACAGUGGCCGGAUGUCGAGCCCGGCGCCGUGCGGCUGCGUCUGGAGCGCUCGGAUGGCAGUGUGUUUGGAAUCUUUACCGUUGCAGAGCUUCGGAAGGCCUUCAAGCCCUGCACAAAAACGGUGACCCACCAGUGCAGUACUUCGGGCAACGUGAACACCAAAGAGUGGACCGGCGUCCGCGUAUCUGAGCUUCUUCCGCAGAUGGGGAACAGACCACCUACCUAUGAGACCUUGGUCACUUUCGUGGGCAUGGACGGUUUCGGGUACUCCAUGUUCUGGUCUCGGGCCAUGAAAGACGACGUAAUCUUGGCCUAUUCCCAGGACGGCGAGCAGUUAGAUGCGGAAAGGGGAGGACCGCUCCGGCUGGUGAAAGAUGGGCAGCAUGCCAAGUGGAUUGAAACGAUCGUCGUAGAGUGA